AUGGCUGCAGAGGAUUUAAACACCGUGUUCUCACACCAACAGUCAAACCUGGUGCAACUUGCUGAGCUCUCAGAUGAUUUGUUCAGCUCCUUGGGUGAGAAGGUGUUUAGGCCGCUGGACAAGCUGCCUCAGCUGAACACGCCCACCAUCUUGCUGGUGAGCACUGAGGAAGCUCUUCUGCAGCAACUGGUGGACAAAAUGCUCCGGGAGGAUUGCGCCUCCCAACUGCUGGUCCACUUGGCAAAGUCCCUCCCUCUGCCCUCCAACGUGACUCGGCCCCGAAUUGACCUGAUUGUGUUCGCGGUGAGUCUCCACAGCAAGCACAGCCUACAGAACGUCCAGGAGUCCCUACGCCAGGUAGACACCAGCUUCUUCCUGGGGAGGGUGUGCUUCCUGGCCAUAGGCGCUGGACAGGAGAAUCACUGCAGUGUCCACCACCAGACCAUCCUGAAGCUGGCCCGCACCUACCAAAGCCCCCUGCUCUUCACAGACCUGAAGACGGAAGGCUUUCUAGUGGCCAUGGCGCAGCCCCUGGUAAGGAUGCUUCAGAUCUGUGCUGGCCACACGCCUGGCGUCUCGACCCUGAGCCUGCUGCCCUUGCAGAGCUCCGAGAGCCCCUUCCUGAAGGACCUGUGA